UCGAGCGAAGAGCCACAGUUUAACAGUGACUCUUGUGCAGUGCAGUUCUCUAGUUCAGUUUAAGUGUUUUUUAUAAUUAAAUAAAUAAAAAUGACUGGUCGUGGUAAAGGAGGAAAAGGUUUGGGCAAAGGCGGAGCUAAGCGGCAUCGUAAGGUAUUGCGUGAUAACAUCCAAGGAAUCACGAAACCAGCAAUUCGUCGAUUGGCUCGUCGUGGAGGUGUAAAACGUAUUUUUGGUUUGAUUUACGAAGAAACACGUGGAGUGUUGAAAGUUUUUCUGGAAAAUGUUAUCCGAGAUGCCGUUACUUACACCGAACACGCUAAGCGUAAGACAGUUACAGCUAUGGAUGUAGUUUACGCUUUGAAGAGACAAGGGCGUACUCUUUACGGUUUCGGAGGUUAAGAAUUUUAUUCGAAACAAACAAUCGGUCCUUUUCAG